UUGUAAAUCGGAGUGAGAGGUCUUCCCAUUGGCUCUUUACAGCUCGUCAGGACUACACAUACAGUACACAAGCAAAGUGACUGGGCUCCCGGCUGCUUGGCCCAGAAGGCUGUGGACGAAGGAGAACCAGAACCAUUAGCUUUCCGUUACCUCCAUUGUCUCUUCACCCGGCAGAAAGUUUCAUGUCGGUCUUCGUUUCGUGGCAGCCGUGAUGUGAGAUGCCGAAGACCAAGACAAAGUGCACUGUCGUCCGCAUUCAUCAUGAGUCAGCGCUCUUAAAACUUUUCAAGAAGCUCGGCGAAAGGAAGUGAUGUUUGCAGGACGCCAUUGUCCAGUGAGAAAAAACAAAUGACCAUAAAGGACGAGCUGGACGCAUCUUUUUGAUGUGGUCUGCCUACAUAUAGACGCCCAUGUCGUCUGAAAGCAACUCGCCGCCACCUUCUUCGCCACGGACUCUGCCCGCCCUGCCUCAGCACGUGGCCCCGCCCACUCCGUCACCCAGCCCGCCCUCCAUCCUCUUCAAUGAGCUGUCCAAUGGCAGCCUCACGGCGCCCAGCCCCACCAACUCACGAGCGUCCAUCCACGGCCUCUCCUUCCUCCUCCAGAUUGGUCUCACCAGGGAGUCUGUGACCCUCGAUCCCGCCGACCUCACGCUGUCUGCCGUCACGGAGCUUGUCUGCUCCAUCGUGGACCAGAAGUUCCCAGAAUGCGGAUUCUUUGGGAUGCAGGACAAGAUCCUGCUCUUCCGCCACAACCUCAACUCGGACAACAUCCUCCAACGCGUCACUUCAGCCCAGGAGAUCCAGGAGGGAGACCUGGUGGAGGUGGUUCUGUCAGCUGUGGUGACGGCCGAGGACUUCCAGAUCCGCCCCCACGCGCUCUACGUGCACUCCUACAAAGCCCCCGCCUUCUGUGACGACUGUGGCGAGAUGCUGUGGGGGCUCGUCCGCCAGGGCCUCAAAUGUGACGGUUGCGGUCUGAACUACCACAAGCGUUGUGCGUUUAAGAUCCCAAACAAUUGCAGCGGCGUGAAGAAGAGACGAGCCUCCAACGUCUCGCUGCCUGGCGUGCCUGGCGCCAUGGCCCGCCCACCUUCCGUGGAGUACCCCUCCACGCCGCAGGACGAGCGCCCCCUCCUGGGCGCCGGCAAGCGUAACUCUCUGCUGAGCGGCCGUCCCAUCUGGAUGGAGAAGAUGGUCCUGGGCCGGGUCAAGGUGCCGCACACUUUCUCCGUCCACACGUACACGCGGCCCACCAUCUGCCAGUUCUGCAAGCGUCUCCUCAAGGGGCUCUUCCGCCAGGGCCUGCAGUGCAAAGAUUGCAAGUUCAACUGCCACAAGAGAUGUGCGGCCAAAGUUCCCCGCGACUGCCUGGGCGAGGUGGACUUUAACGGAGAAGCGUCCACGCUGGACUCGGAGGUCACGAUGGAGGUGGACAACUGCGACCUCGGCAGUGAAGGAGGUCACAGCCUGGACGACAUGGACCAAGCGUCCACGCCUGAGGACAAAGUCUUCUUCCCCGAGGAACCCUGCACGGACGCUGACCGUGACGACGACACACCGCAGGCCAUCAGUCCAUCGACCAGCAGCAACAUCCCUCUGAUGCGAGUGGUUCAGUCCAUCAAACACACCAAGAGGCGGAGCUCCACUGUGGUCAAAGAAGGUUGGAUGGUCCACUACAGCAGCCAUGACAACAUGAGGAAGAGACAUUUUUGGCGUUUGGACUUCAAGAGUCUGACGCUGUUCCAGAACCACAGUGGAUCAAAGUUCUACAAGGAGAUCCCGCUGUCGGAGAUCCUGCGCGUGGAAGCGGCCCAGGACGUCGGCGGUCUGUCCGCGGGUAGCAACCCCCCCUGCUUCCAGGUGCUCACGGCCAGCGUGGUCUACUACGUGGGCGAGGACGAUGGCGGCCCCUUCCGGGAGGCGGGCCAGAGCUGGGAGAAGGCCCUGCGGCAGGCCAUGAUGCCCGUCACCCCGAAGCCCAGCAGCCAGGGGCGGGACCACAAGGAGAUCUCCGUCAGCAUAUCGCUUUGUAACGCUCAAAUCCAGGAGAACGUGGAUAUCAGCUCCGUCUAUCAGAUCUUUGCGGACGAUGUGCUCGGUUCCGGCCAGUUUGGAAUCGUCUACGGAGGAAAACACAGAACGACGGGACGAGACGUGGCCAUCAAGAUCAUCGACAAGAUGAGAUUUCCCACAAAGCAGGAGAGCCAGCUGCGCAAUGAGGUGGCCAUCUUGCAGAACCUCCAACACCCCGGCAUCGUCAACCUGGAUUGCAUGUUCGAGACUCCCGAGCAGGUGUUUGUGGUCAUGGAGAAGCUUCACGGCGACAUGUUGGAGAUGAUUCUGUCCAGCGAGAAGAGCCGCCUGCCAGAACGUCUCACCAAGUUCUUGGUCACGCAGAUCCUGGUGGCCCUGCGACAUCUUCACUUCAAGAACAUCGUCCACUGCGACCUCAAGCCGGAGAACGUUCUCCUGGCGUCGGCAGAGCCCUUCCCUCAGGUGAAGCUCUGUGACUUCGGCUUUGCUCGCAUCAUCGGGGAAAAGUCCUUCCGGCGCUCUGUGGUGGGAACCCCGGCCUACUUGGCGCCCGAGGUUCUCCGCAGCAAAGGCUACAACCGCUCUCUGGACAUGUGGUCUGUGGGCGUCAUCGUCUACGUCAGUCUGAGCGGAACCUUCCCCUUCAACGAGGACGAGGACAUCAACGACCAGAUCCAGAACGCCGCCUUCAUGUACCCACCUAAUCCCUGGAAGGAGAUCUCGGAGGAAGCGACCAACCUGAUCAACAACCUGCUGCAGGUGAAGAUGAGGAAGCGUUUCAGCGUGGACAAGUCGCUGAGUCACCCCUGGCUGCAGGACUACCACACCUGGCUGGACCUGCGGGAGUUUGAGACGCGACGCGGCGAGCGCUACAUCACACACGAGAGCGACGACGCCCGCUGGGAGGAAUACGCCGAGGAGAGAGACCUCUACUACCCAAAACACUUCAUCGCCUCACACAACCUGGACCACAUGGACGAGGACCCCUAGUGGCGGUCUGGGAAACAUCUCCAUGGAGACGGCAGUGAUGACAAAACCCUUUUUUAUUCAUUCUCACACCUCCAGCAGGAUCCAGAGGAUCUUUCUUCUUCUCCUUUGAUGGCAUGCUGCUAACAACCAUCUUCAAUGUGAACCUUUAUUCAUACUCUUGAAGUUCUACUGAUCUGUGGUCUUCAGCUGCUCCUCCGCCACCUCCUUCAUGACCUUUGACUUCAGAACUUUGGCAUGUUGAACUUUUGUCAUGGAGGUUCUGUUCCCAUCUCCACAGCAGGUUCUAAGUAGAUUAGCAGAGACCCAUCUCUGUGAAUCCGGCGACAGGAAGCUGUGCCGGGCUUUUCUUCUCCAGUUCUAGCCCGGCGGCCAUCUUGGGCUUGGCGAGGCGGCUGAGGUGCAGCAGGCCGAAGAACAGGAAGCGCUCGCCCAUCUUGGUGGGGUGGGUCAGCACGUCAUAGCUGCUGAUCAGCUGGCGUCUGGUAGAAGGGUCGCUGCAGUUCCUCAGCAGAACCUGCACAGAAGCACACCUUCAGCCGUGUUCUGCUGGAGACGCGCAUCCGCCGGUGGGCCGCCGACUGACCUGCAUGCGCAUGUCGAUGCCCAUGUUCUUCAGGAAAGUCCUCUGGCUAACCGGUCCCAAGCAGGCCACGCCUCCUCCUGCCAUGCGGCGCAGGUAACUGAAGUCCACGUCGGCAGUGAGGUCGGCCGAGCCCGGAGCCGCCAGGACCUGAUGGAGCUGGUGACCUUUGAACCCCUGACGGGAAGAUUACAAACAUCAUAUCCCACGCCAAUCAUAUCGUGCUAGCGCGACAUCGGCUUCCUACUCGGAACGUGUCCGUCUUGCUUCCGUCGUGGCCGUAGUCGCCGAUCAACGCCGCCCCGCCCUCCUCUGCCACCCGCCGGGCCAGCUGCUGGAUGAUGAGUCCGCCCUCUGCACACACCUCCACGUGAUCCCGCCUUUCAUCUGCCUGACAGACGUCAAUACAAUGAACUGGAGAAGGAAGCUUGUGGGAAAUGUGGAAUAAAGGGAGAAGUGGGGGUUUGGGAGAUGUGGGAACGUGUUGUCUAGAAGGCUUUGAUACUGGAAUGGGUUGAAGAAUGUGGACGUUUCAAGGUCAAAGGACAUUUGCUUUAUGGAAAACAUGCGCUUCCUGGAGAGCCUGGAAUGUUUGGAAUGUGGGAAAUAGAAGGCCUGAAUGCUUUGAUGUUGGAAUGUGUAAAAAUGCUCCAUUUCCAAUGGAAUUACAGAAAAUAUGGGAAUUGUCAAAAUGUGUCAGUCGAUGCAAUAAGAAUAUUGAUAAAGACAAUAAUUGUGGUGCAGGAGAAGAUGAAUAAAAGUGGGAGUGGUCACAUGACCCUAAGAGCACUGACCUGCACCAGUGUGGUGGACGCCAGAGUGGGCGAUGGCGCCACCACAAACCUUAGUUGGCCGGGUUUGUCUGGGUCAAUGUCCACCAUCACCUCCCUCCAGCCUCUCUUGGUGCGCUGCCACCAGGGAAGAAGACAUAUUAGAGAUGCGGGUGUCGCCCCCUAGUGGAAGCACCAAUGACACCUGAGACUUUGCUACCUGAAACUUGUGGAUGGGCAAAGCGUCGAAGAACUCGUGAGCCAGAAAGAUGCUAAAGCCUGGAUGGAAGAUGACACGUUAACCCAACAGGGUCCGUCCCACGGAGUCACACUUUGUCCUACCACGAGGGACGUCCUCUAAGCGGCGGUACCAGAACACCUGCAGGCCGCCGGCGGUCCGUCCGUGACGGUAAACGGGCUCAUCCUCGCCGGCUGCCUCAUGGCUGCUGGUCCCAGUCAGACUUUGAGCCUGGAGGCGACUCAGAGCCGGACUUACCUCCACCAGGUGGAGCGACACCGAAGCCCCGUUCAGGACGGACUGGAGCUGACUCAAAACCUACACAGGAACCACACCGGUGUGAUGAAAGCUCACCCGUGACCCAAAAAAAACCAAACGUGUCACAGCAGUCCGGUCGUACUCGAAGAACGUCACUGGCCAAAGAUCCUUUUCCUGGUCCCAGCUCAACGAGCUGAAGAUCUUUGGGCCGACCCGCCCCCAUCCACUCACUGAUGAUCCACACGGCCAGCAGCUGCGUGAAGGACAACAGGAUUGGAUGGAUGACAAGAUCAUGUGACACAGUCUUACCUCUCCAAAGAUCUGACUGAUCUCAGGUGAGGUGAUGAAGUCUCCGUCGGCUCCCAGCAUGUCGUUCCUCACAUAGUAACCCUGAGACGGCAACGACAACCAUGAGCGGCCUGCUGGCUCUGUGGGGACACUUCAUGGCGGGACGUAACAAACCGUCACUGGGUUGGUGAGCGCCUCCCUCAUGUACUCGGCCACUGAAAUUGGACCAGUGGCUUUUAUUUUGGAAGUCAGGUGUCGCAGCAUGGAUGGUCCAUUCUUCUUCUCUGGAGGAGCCGUGCAGGCAAGUCUGUUUGGACCUGCUCGCCAUUGCCAUGGCAACAACAAACAGCAGGAUUUUAUACUCACCAGCCACAACAUUAGGUACACCUUAUUAUAGUAUUGUCGGAAACAUAAUUGAUAGACAUACCAAUGUAGCUGGUCAGCUAAAAAUACAUCAUUAAUAAUAAUAUUGAUUUGGAAUAAAUAAUUUGUCUUACCUGCUGUUGCUGGACUGACAGAACGAGGCAAAGGGAACAAAAGUGUUUUAGCAGCACGAAGGGCCCUCAUUGUUCUUGUCAAGUCCCAAUAGAAAUCUAUAAAAAUAAAUAAAUAAAUGAGUAUAUAUGACGCGCGUUAACUUUCAGCACAUUUAUAAACCUACACUGGCCGCAAGAUUAGCGUUAGCAUAGCAUAGCUGCAUGCGCGUCAAUAACACGAGAUAAAUAAGUUUGUUUAGUUGGAAGCACAAAAGUUGAAGAGUAAGGUGAAGUCAUUG